AGCUGCGCGCCCCGGGCUCUCCGCUCCUCGCCUCAGCGCCCGGCCGCCGCCGCCGCGGCCCAGAGAGCGACCCAGAUGCAGGCCAUCAAGUGUGUGGUGGUGGGAGACGGAGCUGUAGGUAAAACUUGCCUCCUGAUCUGUUACACGACCAAUGCCUUUCCUGGAGAGUAUAUCCCCACUGUCUUUGACAACUAUUCUGCCAGUGUUAUGGUGGAUGGAAAACCGGUGAAUCUGGGCUUGUGGGAUACGGCUGGACAAGAAGAUUAUGACCGAUUGCGCCCCCUUUCCUAUCCGCAGACAGAUGUAUUCUUGAUUUGCUUUUCUCUUGUGAGUCCUGCAUCAUUUGAAAAUGUUCGUGCAAAGUGGUACCCUGAAGUGCGAUACCACUGUCCCAACACUCCUAUCAUCCUGGUGGGGACGAAACUUGAUCUGAGGGAUGAUAAAGACAUGAUUGAGAAACUGAAGGAGAAGAAGCUGAUGCCCAUCACCUACCCGCAGGGCUUGGCCAUGGCCAAGGAGAUCGGUGCCGUCAAAUACCUGGAGUGCUCGGCGCUCACGCAGCGAGGUCUCAAGACGGUGUUUGAUGAAGCUAUCCGGGCGGUUCUCUGCCCGCCCCCCGUCAAGAAGAGGAAGAGAAAAUGCCUGCUGUUGUGAAUGUCCGGGCCCCUCCCGCCUGUCCCGUCCCCCAGGACCCUUUGUACGCUUUGCUCAAACGGUGGAGCCUUCGCACUCAAUGCCAAGUUUUUGUUACAGAUCAGUUUUUCCAUAAAACCGUUUUGAACCAAUCAGUAAUUUCUAGGUUUUGUUUGUUUAAAGUGUAAGAGUUCAAACUUUCACAUUCUAUUAAAGUUUAGCCCUAAAAUGACAAGCUUCCUUAAAGCCUUAUUUUUCAAAGCCCCUAUUCUUGCUCAGAUUAAGAGUUGCCAAAAUACCUUGUGAACUAAGUUGCAUUGUUGGGCUAAGAACACUAAGCACUAAACUGUUCAAAGACCUUUGUCUGGAAGAGACUAGCUGCUGAGGCAGGAGAUGCAGACGCUCGCUAAUGAGGUUCA